UUUUUUGACAAAAAAAAACUGAGAGUGCAGUCUCUUCCACCUUGCCCUGAAAACAAGUUGGAGCCGCUGAAACACUCUACUGCCCGGAAAUCGUUGCCGGAGUUGAUCGUCAACCGCCACUAAAACUUCGUCCAGAGGAAAAGUAUAUUGUAGCUGUUCACGACAGAAAUGAGAUUCGCAGGAGCUCUCAGGAACAUUUUACGGCCUCUCUCACUCUCCUCCUCAACGCCUCUAACUUCACAAAUCUCCACCACACUUCCAUUUCAUGCACCUUUCCCAUCUUACAGCAAACCACCCCAAUUCCUUCUACCUUUUUUGAAUCACUUUCACACCUUGACUGACACUCGGUUUCCCAAGAGACGACCUUCCGAUAAGCCUCGUCGAAAGCGGGCUAGCUUGAGACCCUCUGGGCCUUAUGCUUGGGUUGAGCACACAACUGGUGAAACCAUACUUCCCAAUAAGCCUAAUGAAGGGAGUGUCAAGAGGAGAAAUGAGAAGAAACGCAUGAGGCAGCGCCGUGCCUUUAUACUCGAGGAAAAGAAGAAACGGAAAGCUCAGAUGCAAGAGGCUAAGCGGAGGAAAAACAUUAAGAAGGUAGAGCGUAAAAUGGCUGCUGUUGAAAGGGAAAGAGAGUGGGCAGUAAGAUUGGUCGAAUUGAAGCGCCUUGAGGAAGAAAAGAAAAAGUCUAUGAUGCAAUUUUAAAACCUCACAAAUUAAACUGACGCAAUUAUAUACCUAUAUAUUUAUUUUUGAGGAAAUAAAUUCACCUCUUACUACA